AUGAAUUUUUCUGGCCUUCGAAACUUUUCCCCUGGAGCAAUAGAUAUUAUCAAUCCCAGCCGCCGCUCCGCUGGGACGGGCAGCGACUGCCUGUCCUUGAACAGCGAGGAAUACCUGAGCGCUUGCAGCGACUUAUUUAGUUCACCAGCACCAUCGGAGGGGAAAGAUGUAUCCUUCUUCACUGGAACUGCCAGCCCUCAAUCUGACAGCAGCUCCGCUAGUAUUGAGCCCCCUUAUCAUGAAUCUCUCUCCAGCGACUUUCGUCUACACGCCACUUCAUUUCGAGUUGCUAAGGACGACGAAGACAGGCAGCGGUCAGCUCCUGAGGGGGCGGUUGGAACACCGAUAAUAACGGCAUUCGCCUCAGUCAGGUCUUUGUCUCUUCCAUUGCUUGGGCCCCGUGUCGCAACAACAACAUCUCCUUUGCCUGCUGGGGCUCCCUUGGCGUCUUUCAGAUGGAUCUGUAGGAGCCCUUCCAAUAAUGAAGGCGAAAGCGACCAGCAGCCGUUGCAUGUGCAAAUGAAGGCUCUUGCAUCUCAGGCUUCCCUGGACCACCAUGGGAACGUUAGCAGCGGUCGUCUCACUCCCCAUACGCCGCAUGCAAUGUCACGGAGCUCCAGCAAAGAGGAGAUAUCGCAGGCGCAAGAGGAGCACGGGCCCGGAUUUCCGUUUGCCAGCUCCUCUCAUGACGGGCCUCGUGCGGCUCAAAACCCUGGUGGUGAGGAGGAACAGUGGGGAUCUCAGCCUCCAUGUGAAUUGGAUAUCGUGCGGCUCAAAACCCUGGUGAGUCUCGUCGGGAAUCUUGCUACACCUUAUGGCCCAGCGGACACUCCUGAGCCACCUUCAGUAGGGAUCAUUCCAGAGGAUCGAGGCGAAGAGGCUAUUGACGCCGAUCAGCAAAACGAUCUCCAAGCAGAAACAGGGAUAGAUCGGGAGCAUUCGCAGUCGAAAAGCUUCCACUCCCGCACAAACGCCGCUGAAGUAUUAGGGCCUGCUGACAAUGAGAGACGGAGCAGAAGCUGGACCGCACGCAACGCAAGGAAUUCUUUUGACCAACUGCCGCGCUCUUCCAGCUCAGCCCAGCACCUUCCUGUUCGCCUAGUGAGCUGCCCGCAAGAAGCCGGCUCCUUCCGACCUCUUGCUGGGUCUCGAGAAUCUUCAGAAGGAGAAGAGGGGAAAAUAAAAGCUCUUGCUCAGGAAAGCUGUGGGGGAGCACUCUUCCCGAGUCGAAGAAGCGACAUUGAUUCAGCGAGCCCAAAUACAGUGGGAGAAGAUCAGGACGUUGGCACACCUAGAAGGACGGACAGCAUCGGCAACAAUUCUUGUGUUUCCAAUGGGGAUGGUAUCUCGGAACCCAGCAGCAUUCAUAGCGACGGAAGCUACAGAUGCAGUUGCAGCAGCAGUUGGAGCAGCAGCAGUUGCAGCAGCAGUUGCAGCUCCAGUUCCUCCAACAACAGCAGCUGCAUUUGCAGCCAGAGAAGUAGUAGCGUGGACAGCCGCUGCAGAAUAUGCACUGAUAACGAAACCCCCAUCACCCUUCAUGAGUGUGGAGAUGCCCGUUUAGGGGACCUUGAUGGCCGAUUGUCCGAUGCAUCGUCAGCACGGUGUCAUGAUUCCCGGGAGGCUAGCAGGGAAAAUAGCGACUGCCGAAGCAACACAGAAGAGGAAUCGAAAUCUUUCACGAGUGACGGUCAGACACCUGCAGGCGGCGAGAGAGAUAUCGAGGCUGGACAUGCAGUUGCAGAGCCUAAACAGGAGGAGGUUCUAAUGCGACAAGGGAGUACGCAUGACGCUGAGACCUUACAUCUCCCCGAACAUUGCUUUCCUGGGGCGCCAUCGGAUCCCAGUGCUGACGGCCAGUUGCCAGUUGCACAGGCCGUAUGCCCUUCCUGUCCUGAGGCCUGUAUGGAGAGCUCCCAAAAUUUAGGGGACGGUGUGGGGGAACCUGCAUCUGCAAACUGCAGCAUAGGAGAUGCACAUGGGGCUGGACAAGCGCUUGCAGAGGCCUCGCAGCAAGCAGUGGCAGAAAUCGCCGACGAAACUGUCGAUGGCACGUCCCAUCCAGAAGAAGAACUACAGGCAGCAGCUGCUGACUCGGAUCCAGAGUGUGGCGAGGAGAGAGAAAGAAAUGGGCUUGCAGUUGAGCACACGCUAGACCAUUCUUUGGUCAGCAUUGCAGACGCGCUUCAUACAGGGCUUGUUCCUAGUGAACAACAGCGAGAUGGACCUGAACUUACUGCAUGCAGCCCUCCUGUAGAGGAACAAGAGAAACAAGAACCCCAUGUCGUACCUCUGCCGCCAAGCUCAUCCUCGGCGACAGAUCUGUCGCUAAGCUCCUGCUCGCCGACAGAGGCAUCAUACUUGCCAACACGUUUCUCAUGUACCGGGAAUGCAACUACCGAGCAGGAAAAGAAGCCGAUGAGCGAGGUGUGUUCUGGAAGCGAGGCUAGGAGAUCGUCCGAGGAUCCGCAGGAGCGGCAGACGAUACACGGCGCCUCUCUGGCCAUUGUGCCGGAGGCUGGUGCAUCAUCGAGCACCAGGCUAGGUUCGGGGCUAGAUGCUGCUGCGGCCAAACAAAGCCACCAGGAUGCGUCUGAAGAGCCUAGACGGGAGGCCACAGAGCCGAAACGCGAGGUGUCCCGUGGCAGCGAGGGUAGAACCUCGUGUGCGGAUACCCAGGAGAGCCACGCGAAGCAGUGCUCUUCUACGGAACGUGCCCAGGAGGCUGGUACAUCGCUGUGGAGCAGCUUUUGGUCAGCCUUGACGCCUGUGGAGGAUACUAGCCGAGUCUUUCAGGAUGCGGCGGACGUAGCUGUAGGGGCUACUGAGGAGCCGAAGCGCGAGGGGUCGCGUGGAAGCCAGGGUAUCAGCUCGUGUGAGGACCGGGAGGCGCGCCCGGCGGGGCCUGAGGCAUCGGCAGACAGUGUCCAGGGUGGUGGAUUGUGCAGUUUGGGUUUGGUUGGGGAGGCUGCUGCGACUGACGACAGCUUCGAGGAUCCGUCAAACCAUUCUGAAGAGGAGGCGGAAGAGUCGUGUGUUGAGGAAUUGCCUGGCAACGAGGGUAGAAACGCUUCUGGAGUUACGCAGGAGAAGCAGACUAACCAGCAAGGGUCGCCGGAGAGUGCUCAGGGCCGUGAUGAAUCAUGCAGCCUGGUUGCGAUUCGGCAGGCUGUAGCGGCCGAUGACCGUUUCCAGGAUGCUUCAAACGAUUCUGAAAAGGAGGCGGAGGCGUCGAAAGGCGACGUCUCGCUUGACAGCGUUGGUGGAAAUUCGUUUGGCGAUAUGCAGGAGCGCCAGCCGAGCCAACCGACGUCAGCCUACAGCAGUCUAAAUGUUGAUUCAUCGUUUUGCAUCAGUUUUGGUUCCGUUCGAGAGUCUUCCGAGGCCAGUGAGAGCUCUCAGAAUCCAUCAAACGGCUUGGUUGGGGAUAACGAGGAGCCACCCCGAGAGCUGCCGCUUUGUAGCGAGGAUAGAAGCUCAAAGGGGGACAUGCAAGAACGGGAUGCGAAGCAGGAGGCGACUACAGAUAUUGUUGAGGGAGUGGAUGUAUCGUGCAGUUUGGGUUCGGUUGACGAGGCUGCUGGGGCUGGCAACGGUUUCCAGGAUGCGUCAAGUGGUUUUGAAGACGAGGCGGAGGGGCCGAAGCGGGAGACGUCGCAUGUCAGCGAGGGUAGAAGCUCGCCUGAAGAUGCGCAAGGAUGCCACGCGAAGCCAGAGGCUCUGCCGAUCACUAUGGAAGGGGCUGGCGUAUCGGAUUCGGUUGUGGAUUCCGCAGUUGAAGACGAAAGCUUUCUCGACGCGACGGCCGUGAAUGGCGGGGAAGAUACAGUGGCGAAGCGCGAGGUGUCGCGUGACAGUGAGGGUAGGCGCUCGUGUGGGGAUGCACACGAGCGCCACUCAAGCCAGGAGGGGUUGCUACCCGCUGUCCAGGGCACUGGUAUCUUCUUCGGAUUGAGUUCAAUUCGGGAUGCUGCGGUGGCCGAGGAAAGCUUCCAGGAUGCAUCAGACGGUUCUGAAGGAGAGGCAGAAGAGCUGAGGCGCGACGCGUCGCGCGGUAGCGAUGGCAGAAGCUCUUCUGUUGCGACGGAGGAGCUGCAGGCGCGGCAGACGGCGGCGGCAGACUGUGUUCAGGGAGGUGCUCCAUCGUCAUGCAGAGGGGUGGACUCGCUUCGAGAGGCUGUGGUGGUCGACGAAAGCUUUCAGGAUGCAGGGGUGGACUCGGUUCGAGAGGCUGUGGUGGUCGACGAAAGCUUUCAGGAUGCGUCAAACAGUCCUGACGGAGGGAAGAAAGAGCCGAGUCGCGGGGUGUCGCGUGGGAGCGACGGUGGAAGCUCCUGUGGGGGCAGGGAGGAGCGUCAGGCGAGCGAGGACGCUCCACCCGUCAUUGUCAUCAGUUCCGCUUCGGUUGGCGAUGCUGCGGUGGCCGACGAAAGUUUCCAGGAUGCACAAAAUGGCUCUGUAGAGGUGAUGGAAGAGCCAAAGCUCGAGGUUUUGGGUGGCAUGCCGUAUGGGGAUAGGCAGGAGCGCCAGGCCAGCAGUGGCGGUCUGCCAGCUAGUGAUGAUGGGGCUCGUGCAUCGUUAUGCAGCAGUCUGGAUUCGGAUCGGGAGGCCCCUGUGACCGACGAAAGCUUCCAGGAUGUGUCAAACGGUUCUGCAGAGGGGGCGGAGAAGUCAAAGCGCGAGGCAUCGCCCGUCAGCGAGGGUAGAAGCUCGUCUGGAAAUGUGCAGGAGCGGCAGGAAAGACAGGCAAAGUCGGCAGACACUGCUCCGGGUGUUGGUACGAGUUUCCAGGAUGCACAAAAUGGCUCUGUAGAGGUGAUGGAAGAGCCAAAGCUCGAGGUUUUGGGUGGGGAUAGGCAGGAGCGCCAGGCCAGCAGUGGCGGUCUGCCAGCUAGUGAUGAUGGGGCUCGUGCAUCGUUAUGCAGCAGUCUGGAUUCGGAUCGGGAGGCCCCUGUGACCGACGAAAGCUUCCAGGAUGUGUCAAACGGUUCUGAAGAGGGGGCGGAAAAGUCAAAGCGCGAGGCAUCGCCCGUCAGCGAGGGUAGAAGCUCGUCUGGAAAUGUGCACGAGCGGGAGGAGAGACAGGCAGCGCCUCCUGACACUGCUCAGGGAGUUGGUACAUCGUUAUGCAGCAGUUUGGGUUCUGGUUCGGAGGCUGCUGUGACCGACGAAAGCUUCCAGGAUGCUUCAAACGGUUUUGAAGGGGAGGCGGAAGAGCCGAGGGGCGAGGCGUCGCGUGGCGGUGACAACAGAAGCUCAAGUGGGGACAAGGAGGAACCUCAGGAGCAGCAGUGCCCUCAGCCUGUCAGUACUGCCAUUUUAGAUGGUGCAUCGUUUAGCUUUGGUCCGGUUAGGGAGGCUGCGGUGGACGACAAGUGUUCACAGCCUGGGUCCAACGGUUCAGUGCAAGUGGAGAAAGAGCCUCAGCUCGAGAUAUCGGGUGGAAGCGAAUGCAGCAACCCGUAUGCGGAUAGAAAGGAGCGCCAGACCAGCAAUGGCGAUCUGUCAAUCGAUGUAGAGAGGGCUGAUACUUCGUUUUCCAGUAGUGUAGGUUCGGCUAGAGAUGCUCUUGAUGCCAGUAAGAGCUCCCAGGAUGGGUCAAACGUUUUCGGAGAGGAGACGGAAAGGCCAAAACGCGAGAUAUCGCAUAUCAGCGAGGGUAGAAGUUCGUUCGGCCACAUGCAGGGGCCGUCACUGCAUAGUGACCGUGGGGCUGGCCCAUCGUUAUGCAGCAGCUUGAGUUCCGUUCGAGAGUCUGUCGAGACAAGCAAGAGCUUCCAGGAUGCGUCAAACGGUUCUGGAGGGGAGUCGGCAGAACCAGACCGUGAGGUGUCGCGCGGCAGCGAGGGUCGACGCUCAUGUGAGGAUACGCAGAGGCCGCAGGCGGAGCAGAGCGCUGCCCCAGUCCAUGUUCAGGGAGCUGCUGAAGCGCCAUACAGCAGUUUCGUUUCAUGUAUAGACGCUGCUGCGACCAAACAGAGCCACCAGAGUGCGUCUGAAGAGGCUGGACGGGAGGCCACAGAGCCGAAACGCGAGGUUUCGCGUGGUAGCGAGGAUAGAAACUCGUGUGGGGAUACCCAGGAGCGCAACUCGAAGAAGGGGCCUUCUACUGAACGUGCCCAGGAGGCUGGUGGAUCGCUAUGGAGCAGCUUUUGGUCAGCCUUCACACCUGUGGAGGAUACUGGCCGAGCCUUUCAGGAUGCGGUGGACGUGGCUAUACGGGAUACUGAGGAGCCGAAGCGCGAGGGGUCGCGUGGAAGCCAGGGCAUCAGCUCGUGUGAGGACAGGGAGGCGCGCCCGGCGGGACCUGAGGCAUCGGCAGACAGUGUUCAGGGUGGUGGAGUGCGCAGUGUGGAUUCUGUUUGUGAGGCAACUGCGGCCGAAAGCAACUUCCAGGAUCCAUCAAACGGCUCUGAAGAGGAGAUAGAAGGGCCGAAGCGUGAGAUGUCGCUUGUCAGCGAGGGCAGAAGCUCGUCCGGAGACACCGGGGAGCGCCCAGCAAGGCAGCGGGCGUCGCCGGACAGCGGUCAGGAAACUGGUGCAUCGUGCAGCCUAGGCUUGGCUCGAGAUGCUACAGCGGCCGACGAGAGCUUCCAGGAUGCUUCAAACGGUUCUGAAGGGGAGGUGGAAGAGCGGAUGCGUGAGGCAUCACGCAGCAGCGAGGGCAGAAGCUCAUCCGGGGACACCGAGGUGAACCCUGCGAGGCAGCAGGCGUCGCCGGACAGCGGUCAGGAAGCUGGUGCAUCGUGCAGCCUAGGUUUGGCUCGAGAGGCUACAGUGGCCGACGAGAGCUUCCAGGAUGCUUCAAACGGUUCUGAAGAGGACCAGCAGGCGUCGCCGGACAGCGGUCAGGAAGCUGGUGCAUCGUGCAGCCUAGGUUUGGCUCGAGAGGCUGCGGCAGCCGACGAGAGCUUCCAGGAUGCUUCAAACGGUUCUGAAGGGGAGGUGGAAGAGCGGAUGCGUGAGGCAUCGCGCAAUAGCGAGGGAAGAAGCUCAUCCGGGGACACCGGGGAGCGCCCAGCAAGGCAGCAGGCGCCGGCGGACAGCGGUCAGGAAGCUGGUGCAUCGUGCAGCCUAGGUUUGGCUCGAGAGGCUGCAGCGGGCGACGAGAGCUUCCAGGAUGCUUCAAACGGCUCUGAACGGGAGGCGGAAGACCCGAGUGGCGAGUUUGCGCGUGGCAGCGAGGGCAGAAGCACAACGGAGCAAGAAAUUGUCGAGAACCAGUGGUCUCAUCAAGUGCUGGAGAAAGCGACGCGCUUGCCCGUUGGUGGAAGUGCACCACAUUUGGGUCGGGAGAUUAUUCCCGUAGAGAACAGAAGCGGCAGAUAG